GUUGUGCUGUGUUGUUUUUAUUCUGUUUGUUUGUUGUGAUGCGACUCAGCAGUUGAACAGCAGCAGCACUCUCAGUAUACAGGCAUCCUCCAAGCGACAGAGACAGCGCAUGGCCUCCUUCCCUGAGCAGGAGGAGCUCAUCAGCGAGCACCUCACCUUCGCUCCCUUGUCCCUCGUAGACGACAUCAUCAAUACAGCCAAUGCCCUCCUCUACAAAGCAGUCAAUGCUCUCGAACAGCUGUUUCAGUCCCUACCACCCACAGUCCUGCCAGAUGAAGAAGCCGAAGCAGGCAUACACAAGUUUGAGACGCUCCUAGAAUCAAGUGUCGAUCGCAACUUUGACGCAAUGGAACUCUACCUCCUCCGAAAUAUCGUCAAUAUACCACAAGACGUACUGCCAUGGAUACGGCUAGCGCAUCACGAGCACGCUCAAUUCGGUGCAGCAGCCGCGGGAGAAUGUGCAGAGCUCGAUGAAGAGCUAGCACGCACACGUAAAGCGUAUGCCGCUUCAUGUAAAGUCAAAGCCUUGCUUCAACGCGAACGCGCACACCUCGCACGCAAACAAGCAUUGAUUCAAGCACACGCACAGCGUCUCGCCUUUCUACAUGAGAAACCGGUCGAGUACGGCGUAGCGCCACUGCAACAAUCACAAGACCUCGUCAAAGAUCAAGCGCAGGCGCUUGAGAAACUACUGGCAGAGACGCUGGCGCUGGCCGAGCAAGUCAAUGUUGAUUUACCAGUGACAGAACGCGGCAAGUAUCUCCAAAAAGUGCUCCUCGAGACAGUCAAGGAUGGUUCUUUUGAGAAGGAGCUGGCGGCUCUUGGUAAAAUUGGUUCAGUGGAUGAGCUGCAGGCAGCGGCAGAGCUGCUGAAAGACGCGUAGCCGUCGCUUUUAAUGUAUAUAAUCAUGUCAUUAAUCUCAUGUCUCUGGGAAUGCCUCGGCCGCAGUCUUCUCUAAUGACGCUUCAGGUUCUGCAACGGUGG